AUGAUCACUCGGCCCCUCCGAGAUCUCGAGACCGUCAGUGCAUUUCGUACCGAGACGAGCGUGGUUCAGCGUGGCCGACGACGAGAAGCUGUCGGCGUCUUUGCGGGGCGCAAGGCUCUGCCACACCUCUGUACCAAUCUUGCCGAGGUUCACCCGUUCAAGCCCACGCUGCGAGGAACCGUGUGCGCUGUGCUCGAAGAUGAUGAUCCUGCACUUUGCCCCGUGUCGGCCAUCGGCGAGGUACGAACCGGCUGCCGGCCAAGAGUCUCCACCACGACGGAGUCGAAAGCAGCCUCGGAAGAUCGCCUCACCACCGCCUUGGCGUCGCCGGUCAACCGCACGCACGUCGACGGAGUUGCAACCAGCGUCGGAAAAUGCACCAGAGCGGCAAAUGGCCUUGAUAGUUCGCAGAUCGACCCGAUGCACCUUAACGAAAAUUCGGAAGCCGGACACACGCGCGUGCGUGCACCCGCCGCUGCCAACCGCGCAUGA